AUGGACACUGAGAAUGUGGAGCCAUCACCGCCAGCUGUCAAUACUGAUACAGAAAAGACAAUCCAACCAGCUCCAGAAAAGGAUGUAGUUAAUGACACUCCUCCAUUGCCAGCAGUGGACACUGAAAGCGUGGAGCCAUCAACGCCAGCUGUCAAUACCAUUACUGAAGAAACCAUCCAACCACCUCUAGAGAAAGCUAUAACUAUUGACAGUGCUCCACUGCCAGGUGUCGUAACCUUGAUGGAAAAGACAAACCAACCUGCUCCAGAAGAGGAUGUAGUUAAUGACACUCUUCCUUUGCCACUAGCGAGAGCAUGUAACCAUAAACGCCAGAUGUUGAUACUCCACCAUCCAACCAGCUCCGUAAGAGGAUGUAGUUACUGACACACAUCCAUUGCCAGUAUCAAACACUAACAAAGUGGAACCACCACCACCAGCUGGUGCUACUGAUAUUGAAGCAACCAUCCAACCACCAGACAAAAGCUGUUAUAGAGGUCGCUACCAUCAUAGAACAUUGA